UGUUGACAGGAUUUUUGUAUUGUGUACCAUCCAAAGCAGAAAGUAUUUUUAUCAGUGAAAGUUUUGCAAAAUGUUAUUCCGAUUUUGUAGAUUAUGUUACAACAGCGUUCACUCGUCAUUUAGAAACUUUCCAAGACAUUAUGCGAGAGCUUUUGCUAAGAAUCGACGGAAAGAAAUAGAAAUAAAUGAUGAUGAAGCAACGAGUACGAAAGAAAUGAUACCGAUAAUAACGUGUAAAAGGAAAACCUACAAUUUUUAUAAGGGUCAAGUUUACUCGAAAAAUGAGAGAGUAACAUUAGCUAGCAAAGGAUGGCGACACCGUGACUCUAGAGGCGAUCAUUUUUUCAUACAUCCUUUUGAUAAUGAAGAAGUAGACAAUCAAUCUGGUUUUGAAACAUUCGACGAUUUUAAUUUAAUACCUUCCUUGUGUAGUCACUUGGAAAAAUUAGAUAUAAAGAAACCUUUAGAAAUUCAGCAGUCAGCGAUACCAACAAUUUUUAAAGGAUAUAAUACGGUAUUGGCAGCUGAAACAGGUUGUGGGAAAACAUUAGCAUAUCUUUUACCAAUGAUUAACAGAGUUCUGCAAUGGAAAUUCAUUAUAGAAAGAGAUCAGAAUUGUCCACUAGGGUUGAUUGUGACUCCAACUAGAGAAUUAGCAGUACAAAUUGCGUUAGAGUUAAUUAGACUAUCCAAACAUCUUGAUAUUCAAACUAAAUUGAUCACUGGGGGAAAAACAAAGAAAAUGAUGAUGAAUCCUCCAGUUGAGCAUGUGGAUAUUCUUGUUGGUAGCUUUGGAGUUAUUAGUAAAUUAACUACAGUUGGUGUUUAUAAUCUCACAUUUGUUAGAUAUGUGGUCUUGGAUGAAGCAGAUGCCUUGUUCCAUUAUACAUUUAAAGAUAAACUCAAAGUUUUUAUGAAAAGAUUGCCUAUUGGGUACCAUCAAGAAUUUGAUGAGAAUGGAUUUCCUAAAUCAGCUCAACUCAUUUUAGCUUCGGCUACGGUUCCCUCGUACGUGGAUGAAAUUUUAGACAAUAUUGUGAAUGUAGAUUCACUAAAAUAUAUAAAAACAGCAAAAUUACACAAAAUAAUGGUCGAGCAGAAAUUUGUGAGAGUGGGUAGCGAUGACAAACCGCAAGAACUGUUGAAAUAUAUAAAAUCCAAAGUAUCGAAGAAUCAGCGUGUAAUUGUAUUUUGUAAUACAAGUGGUACUUCCUAUUGGCUCUAUUUGUUCUUAAACGAAUGUGGUAUAAAGACUACAAAUUUGAAUGGCACUAUGCCGUUAUUCGAACGACGAGGGAAAUACGGAGAAUUUUUAAACGGUAAAGCUAUGGUAUUAUCAACGACCAAUGCGGGUUCUAGAGGUUUAGAUACAGUGAUGGUCAAUCAUGUGUUAAAUUAUGACUUUCCAUUAGACACGGCUUCGUACAUACACAGAUGCGGUAGAACCCUUAGAAAAGGUACUAUAGGUCAUUGCAGGGUGACGAAUUUCAUCUGCAAACCGUUAGAGAUCUCUUUAGUUCAAAAAAUUGAAUAUUCGGUUAGAAAAAUGAAGCCUUUGCCCAUGGUUAAUUAUGGAGUACCGGACAUGGACGUAGACGACAUGAUGGAAGAGAAGGAUGAACCUAUGAAGGAGGAAAUAAUAGAUAAUGUAGAAAAUGUGGAGAAUAUUCCAUAUUAA